UCAGGUAUGGUCGAGUGAAGAGCCAAGUCUGCGCACUGCUCCGGUAUCGCUGUUCCGAGCUGCCUCGUCGCAGAAACUUUUCGAGAGGGUUGCAACUUGUCGGGGAGAAUCUUUCUCGGUGACUUCAAUGCCAUCGAGGGGUUGACGUGUCGUUAUCAUUUCCCUCCACGAAGCGACUCGCAUUAUUUAGGACCAUAGGAAAGAUCGGUGUAUUUGGAAGAUUCUGUGAUGUCAUAACUAUUGUGUGAAAUCAGUUCUAGAAAACUUUGGCUAUUCUGUGCGAUGAUUUGGCUGCCCCUUCUGGAAACCCAACCAGAAAUAGACCUCUUAAUAACGAAGGAUUAGACAUUUGAUGCAUUCGUGAGAAAGAGUCCAGAAAUUGGCCGUUAGAUGAAACUUUGCACCUCCCCACAACCUGGUGUGGUCUGUGAUCUGAAGGAGUUAAAGCCGGUUCUUUUCAUUUCCCAAAACUGCGAUCGACUGUCGGUAAUUGCACGUGGGUUAAAUAGAAGCGCGUCAUUACUAUUUCAUGGGGCCGUAGAAAAAAAAAGUGAGCUUGUUUGUUGGUGUGUUUGUGAGCAAUUAUUCCCUGAUUGCAGUGCAACAGAGAUCAGGGUGGCGAACAAUUGCAUGGGCGUCGACCAGCGUCUGUAAUCGACGCCUGUAGUCGAAAGAGACCUGGUGGUCAGAUUCCAUCACCGUCGUCGUCUUCGGCGUCACCACCCCCGACCCCGUCCCCAGAUCCUCGGCUUCUUUCAUCACUGUCCAUCACGCAACCAACAUCAGCCAGGAUGAAUUUCUUGAUGAAGAUGAUGUGGCUGUGGAUCACUGGGAUGAUGAUCCGGAGAGUAAUCAGCGCAGCACAACCAGGGUCAUGUCCAACGGUAUGUUUCUGCCCUCUGGAUCCCAGUGGACGUCGCCAGGUGAUCUGCAACACAGGAGGACUUGUUGAUCCUCUGCCUGUUCUAGAAAUGCCGUCAGAUGCCGAGAUCCUGAUCAUCACCUCUCCUCCAGACAGACCAAAUACUCUGACCCUCGGGCCCAUUUUCAAAGGUCAUCAUCGUCUUGAACAGAUAACCGUGACAAGAUCUGGAAUACCUGCUUUAGGAAUUCAUUCAUUCUGGGGUUUACGACGUCUUCAUACUCUGAAUGUUUCCCAUAACAGUAUCUCCGCCAUCAUUGAAACCAACUUCCGAGGAGCUGAUAAGCUUCACACCCUGGACCUGAGUCACAAUCACGUCGAGUCAGUACCUUCUGCAGUCUUCCGCUAUGUGCGAAGCCUCCACUACCUGAAUCUCGCUCAUAAUCGUAUUCCAGAUGUAGUUCCUCGAAUGAUGUUUGGACUCUCUCUUUUGAAAGUUCUUGAUUUAAGUCAUAAUCCUUUAGGGCAUCUCCCUGCUGAUCGGUUUACAGAUGUCCCAAAUCUGAGAGAACUAAGCUGUUCCUCCUGCGGUCUCCAGGCAAUUUCCGCAGAACUACUACAAGCUGUACCUCAUCUACAGGUGCUAGACCUUCGGGAUAAUAGGCUGAUGGAUGUACCACCCAUCACAUUAUCUCUUCAACUCAAAUCACUCUUGCUGGAUGGAAAUCACAUUGCUGCCAUUUCAUCAAACGCACUAUCUGCGCCAUCUUUGGAAACACUGACAAUAACUCAAAACCGUUUGGCAUCCAUAAAAUCUCGUGCAAUGCAGAACUCUUCAAUUAGCCAUCUUGAUGUUCGCUACAAUCGACUGACAAAGUUGCGACCUGAAUCCCUCAGCGAUGCUUUAGGAAAGCUGCGUAAUCUUCGGUUGUCUGGCAAUCCUUUACGAAUUGAACAACUGGUGCAAAUGAUACCACGAGCAAGGCAGCUUCGACACUUAGAGAUGGGAGAACUUGGUCUGGCAUCUUUGCCAGGGGAACUCCUCAGACAGUCUCGUCACCUGAAGACUCUGAACGUCUCUGGAAAUUACCUCUCAGAUUUCCCAGCCUCGUCACUAUUUGCGACACCUCAUUUGUCAAUUCUUGAUCUCUCCCACAAUAAUUUCAGGGGUCUGGAACAAGAUUUAGUGACAGCAUUUAAAACUAUGGCAUCACUUGACAAAGUAUGGCUACAAAACAACCCAUGGCAGUGCCAGCGGUGUCAUAUAGCUCCUAUGCUAGAUUGGUUAAGAGAUCCAACUUCUUCACACCACCCACAUGCUGAUGCUAUUUGUCGGGACAUGCCAGAUUCUCCUAGAUGUCUGAAAUGUACUGGACCCCCAGAUCUGGCGGGACAUGCUCUCCAAUUGCUAGAGAAAGCCAAUGUUCCUGACUGUGGGAUUAGCCAACCUGUUUGGCCAGCAUGGCUUGGUGGCGCACAGAGUGACGAUCCUCGCUCCCCUCGUGAUCACCACGCAGCGGAGUCAAUAGAAGAGCUCCCAAGUUUGGAAGUUUUCUUUGGAGACCACAUGGCACUCAUCAUUGGCGUCGGCUGUGGCCUUGUUUUGGCCCUCCUCCUAGUUGUAGUGGCCGCCCUUGUGCUCGCCAGGAGACACUCCGCUCUUUACUAUACCAAUGAAACAGAAGAUAAAGCUUCAUCAGAGAAGUUAAUGAGCAGAAACAAUAAUGACAACAGCCCUCAAGGACCUCGUGGAGGUACUCCCCGCUCUUUCCCUAGAGCCCCAACUCCUUAUACAACAAGACACGGACCAGCAAUUGCUACAAUCGACGAAGUAGACAGCAUCGCUGGAUCAUCAGUAGAUUUGCAAGUUGGCAAAGAAUUGAAUGCCCCCAAGAUCGUUCGCCUCAUGGCUUCUCCCUUGCCUUAGAUCUCUCUCUCUCUCUCUCUCUCUCUCUCUCUCUCUCUCUCUCUCUCUCUCUCUCUCUCUCUCUCUCUCUCUCUCAUUAUUAUCAUUGUUUGAAAUAUUGUCACUACUAUUAUCUCUCAUCCGUUUUAAUUCCAACCACCCCCCCCAAAAAAACAACACAUAUGAAAGAAAAGUUAAUUGAAUGGAGGAUAAUACAUUUGAGAUAAAAAAGUUCGUGGUCAGAUACUUGAAACCGAUACAAGAGAAGCGGUGGGAGAAGAGAGGAGAAGACCUUCUGAUACGAUACCACCAGUGCAAACCGAUAACCGCAAGUUGGCAGUAAAUUCCAUCUACGAAGUUCCCUGCAACGGCUUGACUUCCUCCUGCCCUAUUUCAGUUUCAUCAUUGGGUUAUCAAUAACAUUCAUGCGGAGCUUGAGUCACGUUUUUUUCUACUCUUUUGAGGUGUUAACCCCAUGCUUUAUACAAUUUUCUAGUUAGUGACUGUUAACCUCUUGGAAAUAUGGAUUACUCUUGUAUAUCACCGUAUUUAUAUAACUGACCUGCGAUUUUAUUUUAUUAGAAUUUAUAUGACUUUCUAUCAUUUUCGUUUCUGUCUUCUUCCAUCACGUAACUUCUUCCAUUCUUUACCGACUAUCUCCCUCGGACUCCGUAUUUUCCAUUUCCGUUAUCUUUACAGGUAAGGCAGAUGUGAAUUGCUACGCAUACCCUUACAUUUUAUGCAACAGAAGAUGUAACCCUAGAAUAGAUAACGGCUGAAGGUUGGUGAGAAGUGUACAUAUUGCCUACACUUAGGUACGAUAACUUACGAAGCUACUUGCUCGCCCUGGGUAUUUAGCUGAAAUAAGGGGACGUCACCUUUCGUCCGAUGGCAAGCUAAAAUUCGAGCCAAAACAAGAGUGGAAUCAUCUGUGCAAAAGAUAAAGCCAGGGACAAUGCGGAACUGAUGUUGUCUUUCUUGGUCUUAUUAUGUCAUCGUGGUGUCAUAUUUUCUGCUAACAAUAACCACUGAAUGCUUACCGCAUCGGUCGCCCAGCAUGUCACCUGAUUCUGGUGACUGCAUUGGAGGAGAUCGGGAUGGUUUCCCUGCUCUUGGUGAAAGAACGCUCGACCUUUAUGAAUAUGCUUCAAAAGCGGCUUGUCUACCUGUGUUUUUUUUUUUUUUUUUUUUUUUAGCAUAAGUAGGACGCCAUGUCCGAUAAAUAAGAAAAGGAACUCAAUACUCUAUGGAUAAACUAACACGUGUCAAAAGUGUAUAAGAAUAAAAUGUAAAGCAGUGGAAUUUUCAGUGGCAACCAUAUAUCGAAAGUUAACAAAUUUUUUGCAUUUUUUGUGAUCUGUGGAAGUAAAGGAGCUUCUUCGAAAUUUGUAAGAGUUGAGAUAUUGCCAAGUCAUUGACCUGCACUCUAACAACAGUGCAACUGCUAUCAAGCAGAUGGAGGAUAUAUUCAACAACAGUGAGGUAAUUGUAAGAAACUAAAAUUGCUUUGGAUGAUGUAGAUGAAACCGUCAGAUUUUUUGGUAGACAAAGUGACCUUUGGCAUCAUGUAUUUCUUUUUGACGAGGUAUUUUAUACACCAAGUUCCGUGAAAGCUUCAAAUUCAGAGAAUGUUUGAUGAUUAACGUAGCGAUUUUUGUUAUAUUCGGUAUUGUGUGAGGUGCUUUGAUGAAGUCCGGGAAUUUUGCUUGGAACUGGACCUACUUCUUUGUACAAACGGUUUAAGAACGGGAGUCCCUUGGCGUUUCUUGAUGCAUUUGGUGUUCAUGUAUAGUUCUACGAAGCCAGGUGUUUAAAACAUGGAAUGUUAUAACAGAAGUGACCAGAACAACUGGCACCACAUUGGUAUCGAGCAUUCUGCAGAAGGCCGCGAAAACCUCUGCAAGCUAUGAAGGUUGUGUAAUCCAGAUCCGAGUAUCUGGAAGAUCUGUACUGGCAUCCCUUUCAUGGAGGGAGUGCCGCCUGAAGAGUGAAACUGAAGUUUAUUGAAUACAUCCAGGAACACCUUCUCCUCCCACGGUCUAUCUUCGAGCCCAAAGCUCCUUAGUAAUAUGCGCCUAAGAUAUGACAAGAAUAGCAGGGCUAAAUGUCAUGCACCUUGUACUCCCCACCGAAUCUAUCUCUUUAAAGCCAGUUUUAACCACUCUUGGGAUGCCCGACGAAAAAGAGCUCAUUCUGGCACAAGGCCAGCAAAAUCUAAAGACAGCAAUUAUAAAGCUAAUGUGCUUCUGUGUGAAGUAUAAGACUGCAGAUUCACCUAGCUCUCUUUAUGUACUGUAAGUCCUCCUCCAUCUGUGGACGCUCCCAUUCAGUACUUCGUGCAUUAAUCUUAUUACUCAUUCUCAGCCAGCCUUAAUUCUUUGUAAAUAGACUACGUAAGGGUUAUCAGAUAUCACACAAUAUAUAAUUUGUGUUGUUUGGUGCACAAAGGUUAGGAAAAAUAUUUUAUAUAUAAUAAGUCCUAAGAUGACUCAAGUGGUUCAGAAAGAUUCGAACGGAAGAUGCGCGUUGCAUCUUUCUUGGCCGUUAAAUCAGAAGUUGUCUUCAAUGUAACCUUAUCAGAGGCCCAUUGCUGAAAACAAAACAUUUUUGUCGCGAUGUUGGUGUUUUGUUGCUUUACUUUUGUCUCAAUGAAAGAGUUGAAACGCUACAAAAACACUUUCGAAGGUUAUAUAUCUCGUCAGUUGUCAUAAUGUUUUCGGAUAACAUGACAGAGUUAGAGAAAACCAAUGUAUAUGCACUGAAAAUAAUUGUUUUCAGCAUGCUAGUUGUAAGGUUUUAUCAAUCUGUUGUGAAACUGUUGUAUUUUGUAAAUAUAUAGAUUAGGGUGACUCCGUGGAAUACAAGCUUUGAGUAAUGUCUUAGUAGCUUAAAAAAUAUGAUGUUUUGAAAUAAAAAUACUCUGUAAGUAAAAAUAGAAUUGUUUAUAUUUUUACGAAAAUGGUUUAAAAAUCUGGUGUAAAACAUUCUUUCUAAAAAAAAUGCUUAUUGAUGACCUUGACAAUAAAGUACAUUCUCCUGAUACAAUUUGUAUGAAGAUAAUAAAUUUAAUCUUUUUUUGUGUUUGAUUUGGUGUUUUUGUGGUACAUUUCUUUUGCAAGAAAUGUGCAUUCUCAGAAACAGACUGAAGUGUCUAGGAGUAAACUGGACUGUAUUGACUAUUUAAACAAAUUCAAGGUGAAUUCUCUCUCUCUCUCUCUCUCUCUCUCUCUCUCUCUCUCUCUCUCUCUCUCUCUCUCUCUCUCUCUCAAAACAUUCGGGUAAAAAUGCCGUGAAAUAUACCACCACGCUAAAAAAUUACUUAAAAAGUUUCUUCUAACUGUAGCUACUGUAUAUAAUUUACUUUUAAUAUGAAAAUGACAUCACUAGGUUAAUGCAUUGUACAUAGGUUUCACGUCCUAUUUGGUAGUUUAUUUACUAAAUGCUUAGAAGCACAACGCUGCACAGUUCAGAUUUUUUCUACGUAUUAACAGAAGUGCCACUAGCGUUAGCAUAAGGUCCAUAUUGUCUUUUUCUGUUUUCUUUAAAAAAAAGAGUCAGAUAUCCAGUAACUUCUCUGAACGAACUGUGACUCCCUUUAUGUAGUGACUGACUGCUUUGUUAAUAAACCUUUCAUUAUGUAAUAUCUACUGGUUUUUAAUAUUGAAAGAUUAUUAACAAGCUACUACUUAGAAAUAGUUGAUUAAAAUUUCUGAAAAAAAAUGAAAACCAUUUUAAUUUCCACUUUUUAUUAGUUUACACGAAAAAAUGAGAGAUAUGUUAAUUCCCUGUGGCAAAAUUUAUCUGGUCGGCACCAUUUUCCACAUGACUGUGUCAUUCUUAUGCAGCAAUCCGAUAUAGUGUAAACAGUGAUCCUGGAUUGCUUUUUCUUAUUGCCAUACAUAUAGGUAAGAGUGAUCUCCUGUCUUGUUGAAAUAUAUAACUUCAUAUGGGGCUUGUCGCCCUGUAGGGCACAUUCAUCACCUGCAUUGAUCAUGGAUACUACUGUAAAUAUAGAUGUGCAUCUCACUACUUCGCUGGUAUUUUGUCUAAUCCCGAAGAACAGGAAGUUAUAGGAUUAGCGCUCAUGGUGACUAAGAAACUUGGGAACUUUUCCUUACUUUGACUUACAUGACUAGAUUUUGUUAUCUAGAUUACUUUAAGAUUGUAGUUGAUUGCCUCUUCAGAUCAAGAUAAAAAUCAGAAUCUCAUUUAGUUUAAAUAACUGUGAUACUAAACAAUUGAUUCCCAGUUAGGGAAGUUCACACCCCAUGUCAUUCUUUUGCUGUCUCUUGUGAAUAAAGUCUAAGUCAU